GGCUACUUGCAAAGUCGAUCAGAAGGGAAAAGCGGACGGCAGAAUUCUUUAUCUACAUCAGUUUUCUCUGUUCUUCAUCCGGUUCUGUUCGAACACGAUUCUCUGUUAUUGCAUCGUUUAUUUUGGAAAUUCUUCUUGUUCGUCCUUAAAUUCACAGCUGAGAUGGGUUACGAAGACAAUCCGUAUAUUGAUGAAGAAGGAGAGGCAUUAAUGGACUAUGAUGAUAUGCCAUCGGAUCGCGAGCCAUCGCCAGAGCCUCGCCAUGGAAUGGACAAUAUGGAGGACGAUGUCGAUGACUGGGACACGCGCGAUCGAUCCCAGACGCCCGUUUAUGACACAGACAAAGUCAAGCCGAGGAAAAGAUUGGUCAAGAAGGGCGCGGCUGCGGGGAAAGAAAGUACUGUGGUUCCGGAAUUGGUUGACGAGGAUGACGAAGAUUUUGGGAGGGAGGCCUUCCUGUCAGAUAUUAAGAAGAGCAACAGAGGGAAGGAAGGAGGUGGGAGCGGGAAGAAGGAGAAGAAACAGAAGUGGGAGAAGAAAUAUCCCUGCCGUGGUGCUGGUGGUGAGAAGAAGUCGGCAGAGAUUGAAGAAUUGUGGGAUUCUAUUGCCCACAAUCCAGAGAAUGAUGAAGAGGGUGUUAGGACUGUGGAUGAUGAUAACUUCAUAGAUGACAGUGGGCUAGACCCGUCUGAAAGGUACGGAAGUGACAAUGAAGCACGCUCUCCAAGUCAUGCUCCUCAGGCAGAGGAGGGAGAAGAGGAUGAAGAAAUAAACCAACUUUUCAAGGUGGGCAAGAAGAGGAAGAAGAAUGACAAAAGCCCUGCAGAAAUUGCACUGCUAGUUGAGAACGUGAUGGCUGAGCUUGAGGUCACUGCAGAGGAAGAUGCAGAUCUUAAUAGACAGGGAAAACCUGCCGUUAAUAAACUUAAGAAGUUGCCUCUUCUUACCGAGGUUCUCUCAAAGAAGCAACUUCAACCUGAAUUCUUAGAUCAUGGAGUUCUAACUCUGUUAAAGAAUUGGCUUGAGCCCCUUCCAGAUGGAAGUUUACCGAAUAUAAAUAUCCGUGCUGCUAUUUUGAAGAUUUUGACAGAUUUUCCCAUUGAUCUAGAUCAGUAUGAUAGGAGAGAGCAGUUGAAAAAGAGUGGACUUGGAAAGGUCAUUAUGUUCUUAUCGAAGUCUGAUGAGGAAACCACUGCCAAUAGAAGACUUGCUAAGGAUUUGGUUGAUAAAUGGAGUCGCCCGAUUUUUAAUAAGAGUACAAGGUUUGAGGACAUGAGAAAUGUUGAUGAUGAUAGGAUUCCCUUCCGAAGGCCAUCUGUGAAAAAACCAACAAACAAAGCUUCAGCCAUGGAAUCUAGAGAUGGUGACUUCGAUCUGGAUAUUUCAAGGGAACGCAAAGCUGGUCAAUCUUCUGGACAGCAAGCCUCAAGGUCAGAAUCAUCUUCUAGGCAACAUGCCACAAGGCCAGAGGCAACACCAAUGGAUUUUGUUGUGCGUCCCCAGUCCAAGAUUGACCCAGAAGAGGUUCGAGCCCGUGCUAAACAAAUUGUACAAGAUCAGCGCCGACUAAAGAUGAAUAAGAAGCUGCAGCAGUUGAAGGCACCAAAAAAGAAGAAGCUGCAAGCCACAAAGCUUAGCGUGGAGGGUCGUGGCAUGCUCAAAUAUUUGUAAUCUAUUGCAAUGUGUAUUUAACUAUGAGGCAAAAACUGUUCAAUGCUCCUGUGCAUUUUAAACUCUGAUGUGGGAUUGUGGAAUGGAGCGAGACAAAUGAACAUUGCAGAGGUUCUUCGGCUGUUACUUCAAAUGCCCGACACAAUUAGUCUCCUUUUCACUCUAAAGUGGAGGUUUAUGUAGUGGGUUCUCAAUGCGGAUCUAAAUUGGUAGAGAACCCUGAAAAUUAUAAGUGAAUUCCAUUGAUGGUCCCAGCAUAGUUAAAUGUUUAUCCAACUUAGGCCUCUAGCUAUGGUGCUAAAACUAUGUUUCUUGCGGGAAUUUUGUAAAGAAAGUUGAAAUCUCAUUUAUGGUUGUGCUUAGUUGA